CAGGGUUCAGUCUGGGCUGCAGGCAGUGGAGAGCGCCAUGGAGUUUUCCGCAACAUUUCUCCUGUCGGUGCUGAUCGUAGCUCUUCUCUGGUUCUUUUCUGGUAAAAACACCCAGAAGUACCGUUUGCCUCCUGGACCCAGUCCGCUGCCUCUCAUAGGAAAUCUGCUGCAGCUGAAAAAGGCAGCGCCGUUUAAAAGCUUCCUGGAGUUCAGUAAAACCUAUGGUCCUGUGAUGACCUUUAACCUGGGCUGGCAGCGGGUCGUUGUUCUGGUCGGAUACGACACGGUGAAGGAAGCUUUGGUGGACCAAGCAGACGACUUCACAGGCAGAGCGCCGAUGCCGUUUCUGUACAGAGCCACCAGAGGAUACGGUAUUGGGAUCAGUAACGGUGAGCGCUGGCGUCAGCUGCGGCGCUUCACUCUGUCGACUCUACGAGACUUUGGGAUGGGACGGAAAGGGAUGGAGGAAUGGAUCCAGGAGGAGAGCAAACACCUGAGGGCGCGCAUGCGCACCUAUAAAGGUGAACCUUUUGACCCAACCAUCUUGCUGAGCCGCACCGUGUCCAACGUGGUCUGCUGCCUGGUGUUUGGACAGCGCUUCAGCUACGAAGACAAGCACUUUGUGAAUCUACUGGCUGUCAUAGCUAUGAUCGUCAGGUUCAACAGCAGCCCUAAGGGCAUGAUGUACAACAUCUUCCCGUGGCUCAUGGAGCGACUUCCUGGCAAGCAGCACGCCAUUUUUGGAAAGAUCGAGGAGAUCCGAGACUUUGUCAAGACGAAGAUCCAAGAACACAGAGACAGUCUGGAUCCCAGCUCUCCCAGAGACUUCAUCGACUGCUUCCUCAUCCGGGUUCAUGAGGAAAAGGAAAAUCCCUCCACUGAGUUCCACUACGACAACUUGGUGGCUACCGUGAUGAAUUUGUUCCUGGCGGGAACAGAAACCACCAGCUCCACCAUCAGACACGCGCUGAGUGUGCUGAUCAAACACAGAAACAUUCAGGAAAAAAUGCAGGAGGAGAUUGACUCUGUGAUUGGACGGGAACGGUGCCCCAACAUGGAGGAUCGGAAAUCCCUGCCGUUUUCGGACGCCGUCAUUCAUGAAAUUCAGCGUUUUCUGGACAUCGUCCCCCUCAGUCUCCCUCACUACGCGCUGCAGGACGUCUCAUUCAGGGGUUACACCAUCCCAAAGGACACUGUGAUCGUACCGUUGCUGCACUCUGUGCUGAAAGAGGAAAAGCAAUGGGCAACUCCGCAUUCCUUCAACCCGCAGCACUUUCUAGACCAGAAUGGCAACUUUAAGAAAAACCCAGCAUUCCUCCCUUUUUCUGCAGGGAAAAGAGCCUGUGUGGGCGAGUCUCUGGCUCGUAUGGAGCUUUUUAUCUUCAUAGUGACUCUCCUGCAGGACUUCACCUUUACCUGUCCUGGAGGCCCCGACAGUAUUAACCUCAUUCCAGAGUACAGCAGCUUCGCCAACCUGCCUCGUUCUCACAAAAUCAUUGCGACGCCGCGAUGAAAGAGAAAAGCUGCUUUGAGACAAUAUGAAAAUUUCUCAAUUCAACUUCAAUGAUAAUUCUAUUUUAACUGCAUUAAUUUCACUAAUAUGUUGAUCCAACUUACAAGAUUGAAACAAUGGUCUAUGUCUUUUUUCGCCAAAAGUGAUUUUGACAAAAAAAACCAAAAAAAAAACCACAUC